AUGACGGCCGAUGCACUCGCUCUGAUGGCAGUUGCCCUUGCAGAAGCCAGCCCAGGAGGGGUCCCGGGGAGCCAGGUCCCAGCCCUGCUCCGAGCCGUCUCGGCGCUGGCUGGGCCCGCGGCUUCCUCGUCGACAUCACUCGUGCAGCGCCGGAGGCGGCGCCGUUCGGGGGCCUCGGAGUCUCUCCCUCAGCCUGGACGUGCUCCUGCCUCCUUGAGGCCGCGGCAGCAGCAGGCAUUUCGACGUUCGCAGCGGCAGUCGUCGCGCCUUCCGCCGUUGGGGCGUCGCCUCGCACCCCAGUCGCAGCAGACACCGCCGCCGCCAGCACGGCCAGCGACACCGGCGCCGCCCGCGGGGUGGCAGAGGGCGAAACUGAGCCGGCGUCAAAGGCAGCAGCAGAGGCGCCAGCAGACACCAGGACCGCAGGCACUCCAGCAGCCGCGACUCCAGACUCCUCACCAGCCGCCACCGCGGGCGGCGCAGCCGCCUCCGGCUCAAUCUCCGCUCCGUCGGUUUCCUUUGCCCCUCCAUCCGCAGCAGCAUCGCUCCUCGGUGUACCAUGUUCCUCCGUCCCCUCCUCCGCGCGCUCAGGUCCCUCAGUCUGUGUCGGGCCCCUCGUCCUUCCAUCAGUACUCAUUCCAAGGCCCCCCUGUGCAGCACCCAUGGGUUCCAGUAACGCCUCCUGCCCCGCCGCCCCCUCAAGCCGUGGUUCCUGGUCAGCCUCCAACUCUUGUCGAGCAGCGCGUGAUGCACGUGGGGACUUGCUUGACGCUCUUGUCGUACGUGCUAGACCAGCUUCACGUGACUCUGGUGCAGCAGGAGGUGCAGAUCGGGGCAAUGCAGCCAGCGGAGCAGACGGCGGCAGUGGCGGCAGCGGAGGAGUUGCAGCAUUACCUCCCGCUGAUUGGCUUUGUGCCGGGCUCCCCCGGGGCUUCCCUCGGGCCCGGCCCUGGAGCUUUGGCACGGCUUGCCGAGUCUGCCCAGGAGGACCCUCUCGACCUUGUAGCCGCUGCCGCGUCCGUCCUACGCUGGUUGGACGGGCGGCUUUGCUGGAUCCUGGUUGAGUAG